AUGCCAGCUUCGCCAAGUGGUACAUCUGUUGGUAAGGGUGAUUCAAGUAAAGUAGCUGGACCACGAGCAUCGGGUAGUGGUGCUGGUGUUCGUCAACGUAAAUCAACAGCUACAAGUCGUAGUCGACCAAGCGCUAGUGGCGGUGGUGGUGGUGGUCCCAGUGCAGGUGUUUGGCGUUUUUAUACAGAAGAUUCUCCGGGUCUUAAAGUUGGUCCUGUACCUGUACUUAUGAGAGAAAAAAAGAUUCAUUAUAAAGAUAUAAAUGUAUUUAUCACUUGUUCACUUUGUAAUGGAUAUUUAAUUGAUGCUGCGACAAUACCAGAAUGUUUACAUACUUUUUGCAAAACAUGUAUAGCAGCUUAUUUGGAUAAUGAUGAAGAAGAUAAUACACGAUGUCCUAAAUGUGAUUCAGUUAUUGAUCAUGUUAAUCCAUGGCGUGUGUUAGUAUUUGAUCGUACAUUACAAUCGAUUGCUUAUAAAUUAGUUCCAGAUCUUUAUAAAGAGGAAAUCGAACGACAAAUCGCUUAUUAUAAAGAACGAGAUUUACCUUAUCCACCAUCGUUAGUUGAAAAAUUACAAGAAAAACGAGAUGAAGAAGAACAACAAACAAUUCCAUCAAAUUCAGAUUUACAUAUUUAUGAUGAUCAAGUUGCAAUUUGUAUUGAAACAAAAACAAAAGAUCUUCAACCACUCCCACGUAAAUUUAUUAUCUGUUCAAGUAAUGCAACUGUAACACAUUUAAAAAAAUUACUAGCCAAAAUGAUAUUUCAAGAUCCUUGUCAAUAUAGAAAAAUUGACAUCUAUUUGGAUGAUCAAAUCCUAGGUAAAGAUCAUACAAUGCGUUUUAUCUCAUUGACGAAAUGGCGCCAUAAAAUGCCGCCUAUCUGUUUAACCUAUGAUGUAUCAUCGGAUUAA